GAACGGAGUGUGGAAAUACGACCUGACCCCUCCAAUCCAGACCACAAGUACACUCUAUGAGCGGGGCUUUGAGAAAAUCAUGAAGCGGCAGAAUAAGGAACAAGUUCCACCCCCUGCUGUGGAACCUAAGAAACCAGGGAACAAGAAGCAGCCAAAGAAGGUGGCGACCCUCACCAACCAAAACCAGAAGCAGGGCCGCUUCCGCAGCCUGGAGGAGGCGCUGAGAGCUUUGGAUGUGGCCGCUCUGCAGAAGGAACUGGACAAGAGCCAGAGUGUGUUCUCUGGGAACCCAUCCAUCUGGUUGAAGGACCUGGCCAGUUAUCUCAACUACAAGCUACAAGCGCCUCUAAGUGAACCCACGCUGAGCCAGCAUCCUCAUGAUUAUCCCUUCAGCCUGGUGAACCGGGAGCUGCGUGGGAUCAUCCGAGGCCUAUUGGCGAAGGCAGCAGGGUCACUGGAGCUCUUUUUUGACCAUUGUCUGUUCACCAUGCUGCAAGAGCUGGAUAAGACACCAGGAGAGUCACUGCAUGGUUAUCGCAUCUGUAUCCAGGCCAUUCUGCAAGACAAGCCCAAGAUUGCCACCACGAACCUGAGCAAGUUCCUGGAACUGCUGCGAUCCCACCAGGGCCGACCAGCGAAGUGUCUGACCAUCAUGUGGGCCCUGGGUCAAGCGGGCUUUUCCAGCCUCACCGAAGGACUGAAAGUGUGGCUGGGGAUCAUGAUGCCUGUGCUGGGCAUCAAGUCGCUGUCUCCCUUUGCCAUUGCAUACCUGGACCGGCUGCUUCUCAUACAUCCCAACCUCACCAAGGGCUUCGGUAUGAUCGGCCCCAAGGACUUCUUCCCACUUCUGGACUUUGCCUAUAUGCCCAACAACUCCCUGACACCCAGCCUGCAGGAGCAGCUGUGUCAGCUCUACCCCCGACUGAAGGUGCUGGCAUUCGGGGCGAAGCCGGAAUCCACUCUGCAUACCUACUUCCCUUCCUUCCUGUCCAGAGCCACCCCUAGCUGUCCUCCUGAGAUGAAAAAAGAGCUCCUGAGUAACCUGACGGAGUGCCUGACGGUGGACCCCCUCAGUGCUGGUGUCUGGAGGCAGCUGUACCCCAAGCACUUGUCACAGUCCAGCCUCCUGCUGGAUCACCUGCUUAGAACCUGGGAGCGGAUUCCCAAGAAGGUGCAGAAGUCUUUGCAAGAAACCAUUCAGUCCUUCAAGCUCACCAACCAGGAGCUGUUGAGGAAGGGUAGCUGUAACACCCAGGAUGUCAGCAGCUGUGACACAGCCUGCAAGGGUCUGUUACAGCAGGCACGGGGCCCUCGGCCGCCGUGGACACGUCUCCUCCUGUUGCUGCUGGUCUUCGUCGUAGGUUUCCUGUGCCAUGACUACCGGUCACAUAGCUCCUUCCAGGCCUCCCUUAGUGGCCGGUUGCUUCGAUCAUCUGGUCUCUUGUCUGCUGGCCAACAAGCAUACACCAAGCUCUACUCCUAUAGCCUGCAAGGCUGCAGCUGGCUUGGGGAGACACUGCCGGUCUGGGGCUCCUACCUGCUUGCCGUGGUGCAGCCCAGCAUGCAGAUGGCCUGGGCCCACACCAAUGCCACAGUCAGUUUCCUUUCUGCUCAUGGUGCCUCCCACCUUGCCUGGAUCUCUGACAGCCUCGCCAGCCUCUGUCAAAGGAUCCAGCUCCCUGACACCCUGAGCCACCUGCUGCAGUACUUGAGGGAGCUACUUCUGCUUCUCUACCAGAAUGUGCUGCUCCCCUUGUGGCACCUGCUGCUGGAGGGCCUGGCCUGGGCCCAGGAGCAUUGCCAUGAGGCUUGCAGAGGUGAGGUGACGUGGGACUGCGUGAAGACUCAGCUCAGUGAGGCUACCCACCGGACCUGGCUCUGCCUACAGGACGUGACGGUGGCUUUCUUGGACUGGGCACUUGCCAUGAUAUCCCAGCAAUAGCCCUUGCUGCCCUGGGCAAGCUGCCUGAGACUGCUGGGGGUGAUAGUUCUGCAUGGAGUCUUUGUUACUGGGGCCUCGUUCUGCCUCCCCAGCAAGUGGCCAAUUGCCUCUGCUCUAGGUCUUCCACCAUCAUGGGGACUGUGCCCAGAGGCACCUCAACAUCCUGCCUGGAUGCCACUGAACCUGGCCCUGUUCACCUUACUCCCACCCUCCACCCUUGGGUUGGUAGCCUCUCUCAACUCCUCUUGCUUCCUAACUCCCACUUCCCUCUAUCUCAUUCCUAAAGCCCUGGGCAGCACAUCUCCAAAAGGACAGGCCUCUGCAUUCUUCACAGAUGACCCUACUCCCAGACCCUAGCAGCCUCCUGUUCCCAUUCUUGGUCACAACUUCAGCUGCACGGGAACAAGGAAGAAGAAUCUAGCCCCACAGCGGGCAUCAGCACCUUUACCUCUGCCUGCAGCCUGAGUAUGGCUUCAGUGAACAUGGGGCCAGGUGGAACGCCUUCACUUCUAAUGCCCAGCCUAGGCCCUCUGAGGCCCCUCACUGCACCCUCCGUCAGAGUUCUAUUUCCUGGACUCCAUUCCCUUUCAUGCCUGGGGGCUCUGCCCAAGCCUCCAGUGCCCAGCUCCACCAUCCACCUGGAGACAGAGCCCAGGUGUGCCUCGGGCCCAGGGAAUCUGCCAUCAGCGUGCCAAGACAAAAUUCAGAGUGGCUGCUGGGUAUGCCGGCUAGGUGGAAUAAAGGACACAAAGUUUGUUUCUAGCUUUCCUGUCUGCUCCCUGGUACAAGGAUUCCCUUAGUUAUGGGAUGGGACAUUGGGGGUUGUAGCCCCAAGCUGUAAUUGAGCUUCUAACAGAGAAAGCCUGCAUCCAUCAUUCCAAAGUUUGGCCUGUUGGGGGCUCUAGACACUCCUUUUGUUCCUCAGAUUACAUCUAC